AUGUUGGGUCGAUCUUCAAUCCCUUUUUCGCGGACCGGAAGUUUCCGGCCGGAAAAUUUGGGUCAGAAUGCACUAGCAAUGAUUGGGAAUCUCUGUUUCGCCAUCUUUGUUCUUGUAGUCGUAAUCUUCACUAUAAUUGCUGCCACUUACGAACCCGAAGACCCUUUGUUUCACCCAUCAACCAAGAUGACUAAUUUUCUCACAUCCAAUUCUAAUGCCACCUUUAGAUCUGAUAAUACUGUUGUUAAGACCGGUGAGGACUUUAUGGCCCCAAAUCAGACUGCAUUUGCGACGUUUAUAAAUGCUAGUGAUGUUGAAUCCGAGGUUCUUGAUCAGAAUAGUCUUGAUUGUAAGGGGAAAAUUGAUGAACCCAUUGAUUGUACUGACCCGGAGGUGUUUCAUUUGAUGAUGAAGGCUGCUAUUGAACAAUAUAAGGAUAUACAUUUUUAUAGGUUUGGGAAGUCGGUGAGGGGAAACAAUGAUAGUUCUUGCCACAUGGCGUGGCGGUUUAGGCCUAUGGAAGGGAAGACUGCCGCAUUUUAUAAGGAUUAUAGGAGUUUUUUGAUUUCUAGGUGGGAGAAUUGUACGCUUAGUGUGGUUGGGAUCGGAGAUUAUCAUUCGGGUGGGAAUGCGAGGAAGCUGAAGAAGAAUCAGAAAGCGGGAUUUGAGAAGACAUCGACGAAGCAAAUGGAGAGUGGUCGGCCUGUUGUUGGGGAAACUGUAAAUGACUCACUUCCUGUGGUGGAAUCUGAGGGAUCGUUUAGACAUGGAAAGUAUUUGAUUUAUACAAAUGGUGGGGACAGAUGCAAAAGCAUGAAUCACUAUCUGUGGAGUUUCAUGUGUGCUUUGGGGGAGGCUCAGUAUCUGAAUCGGACACUGGUUAUGGAUUUGAGUAUUUGUUUGUCCUCCAUUUACACUUCGUCAGGUCAAGAUGAGGAAGGUAAGGAUUUCCGGUUUUAUUUCGAUUUUCAGCAUUUGAAAGAGUUAGCAUCAGUGUUGGAUCAGAGCCAAUUUUGGUUGUACUGGAAUAAACGGCAGCAGAAAGACAGAUUGAGUCUCCAUCUUGUGGAGGAUUUCAGGAUCACGCCGAUGAGGCUAUCUGAGGUCAAGGACACUUUAAUCAUGAGGAAAUUUGGGAGUGUGGAGCCAGAUAAUUACUGGUACAGGGUGUGUGAAGGAGAGACAGUGUCUGUUGUUCAACGGCCAUGGCAUUUGAUAUGGAAGUCAAGACGCUUGAUGGGCAUAGUGUCACCUAUUGCAUCAAAGCUGACCUGGGAUUUUGAUUCUGUCAACGUUGUCAGAGGGGAGAGGGCAAGAAACAAGGAGCUAUGGCCUAAUCUUGCAGUAGACACUUCACCUGAAGCUCUUCUUUCAAAGUUGCAGGACAAAAUUGAAGGUGGGAGGAAUCUCUACAUUGCCACAAAUGAACCGGACACAUCUUUCUUUGAUCCUUUGAAAGACAAGUAUUCCACUCAUUUUCUUAAUGAGUACAAAGAUCUCUGGGACGAGAACAGCGAGUGGUAUUCAGAUACAACAAAGCUGAAUAAUGGGGUUCCAGUAGAAUUCGAUGGUUACAUGAGGGUUUCAGUUGAUACCGAAGUGUUCUUGAGGGGGAAGAAGCAGAUUGAGACAUUCAACGAUCUCACUAAAGACUGCAAGGAUGUAAUAGCUGAACGUGGUGUUCUACUUGGUUUCACUCUCUUGUAUCCUGUGACCUGGUUAAUGGAGUUCCAGGACAGGAUGGCUGAGCAACUAAGAAUUGGUGAACAGCCUCAGAAGCCGAAGAUAGUUGUGCCACAUAUAUGCUUAGAUUCAAUCAAGAAAUCAUCAGAGUUAGCAUACUCCGCGCCAUCGUCGCCGGUGACCUUAAGGAAAACAUCAAGUGUAAGGUACAAUUGCCUCUGCUCACCAACCACUCAUGCCGGUUCUUUCAGGUGUCGUUACCACCGGAACACUGGCCUGACUCGCAGCAGCAUCUCUGUUGGCUCUAAGCUCUCCGAGCUUGCUGGUAAAUCAGAUGGAAUGUGUGAUCCCCUGCAUGCUCAGUAG